AUUUCAGCUGUAUCCUGUAAAUAGCUCUUAUCUAGUCAAAAACUAUUUCCCACUAGACAAUCAUGUCAACAAUUAAGCUGCAAUCCGCUGAUGGUGAAAUCUUCAACGUCGAAACCCGCGUGGCCAAGUGUUCCAAAACUAUAAGAACCAUGAUGGAGGAUUUGGGCCUGGGCGACAACUACCAAGAAGUGAUUCCUCUGCCAAACGUACAAUCCUCCACGCUGAGGAAAGUUCUCGAGUGGGCCAACUUCCACAAAGAUGAUCAACCAGCGCUUGGUGCUGCACUGGACUAUUCGAACGAGCCGUACAGACGCACCGACGACAUCUGCGACUGGGACCGCGAGUUUCUGCGGGUCGAGCAGCCAGUGCUACUCGAACUGGUAUUGGCCGCCAACUAUUUGGAUAUAGAAGACCUAUUGGAUGUGACCUGUAAAACGAUCGCCAAUAUGUUGAAGGGAAGGACACCGGAUCAGAUCAGGAGAACGUUCUACAUUGAAAAUGAUCUGACGCCAGAGGAGGAGGACCAGCUUCGAAAGGAAAACGAAUGGUGUGAGGAAAAGUACUAAAAAUAUUGAUAAGGUAGAAUAAAAAUGUUUUAAAAAUUUAAACAAAUUUCUUCAAUUU